AACUAUCAGAUGGUUAGAGGAAGGCCAUGGAGGCGCACGACAGUUAGUCUCAUACAAGGGGAAACCGCCAAAUGAAGUCCACUCUGCAACAGUAACGGGACAAGCUGAACCACUUUGCCAGAGAGAGAGAGAGAGAAAAAAAAGACGCUCCGUAAAUGCGCACCGUCCCUCUCCAGCGCAGAGGCACUCAGAGACCGGCUGUUUUACGCGCACCGCAACUGCAGCUUUGCAAAGACUGAAACUUUUCCCGGCUGUUGUUUGCGUGACAAGAACUGAGCUUCCAUCGAGGAACAGAGGGAAACUAAGCUUAAAAAUAUAAUAUCAUUAUUUUAUUCCGCUUUACAAAACAGUGAGGAUGCCUCGUCCGGGGAGAAACACUUACAGCGACCAGAAGCCUCCCUACUCCUAUAUCUCACUGACCGCCAUGGCAAUCCAGAGCUGCCCGGAGAAGAUGCUGCCUCUCAGUGAAAUUUACAAGUUCAUCAUGGAUAGGUUCCCUUACUACAGGGAGAACACGCAGCGGUGGCAGAACUCUCUGCGGCACAAUCUAUCAUUCAAUGACUGUUUUAUCAAAAUCCCCCGGCGCCCGGACCAGCCGGGUAAGGGCAGCUUCUGGGCUCUGCACCCAAACUGCGGGGACAUGUUCGAAAAUGGAAGUUUUCUGAGGCGUCGCAAAAGGUUCAAGGUGUUGCCAGCUUCAGACCACCUAGGCCCGACCAAGCAGUCAGAUGCCGCGCAUUACCUCCAGCAGCAAGCCAAGCUGAGGCUGAGCGCACUGGCGGCCACCGGCACGCACCUUCCCCAGAUGUCAACCUACAACCUUGGAGUAUCCCAAUCGUCCACCUUCAAGCACCCGUUCGCCAUAGAGAACAUCAUCGCCCGGGAGUACAAGGUCCCCGGCAGCCUGGCGUUCUCCACCAUGCAGUCUAUGUCCGCCGGGUACCCGCUGCACAAUCAGCUUACGACGGCCUGGCCCCACAUGUACAACAGCAGCGUGAUCGACACGGCGGCCCCCAUCUCCAUGACGAGCAGCGACUACAGCGCGUACGGUGUACCCAUAAAGACGCUGUGUCACGGGGGACAGUCCUUACCGGCCAUCCCAGUGCCGAUCAAGCCCACCCCGACCUCCAUGACGGGCUUUUCGGCGUUACCUCCUCACAUCCCCGCAUUCCUAUCAAACUCUCCACAGUCUCUGAGCCCGACCUCCCCACAGACAGCAACGAGCCAAAGCAGCCCGGCGACCCCGAGCGAAACUCUGACGGGCCCCUCCACGCUGCAGUCCGUGGCCGUGCACUGACUCUCCCAGGCCCCCCUACUCCCCUUCUUACCAAACCCAAAGUUUAUAUUUUCUGCAGUCGGAAACUAUCAAGGCGAGUGGAGGUUAUAUAUUGAUUUAUUUGUGUGUAUAUAUGUCGAAUGUGUCGCUUUAAAUCGUGUCAAGUCCAGCACAGAAACGCACACGAAGUAUUGCUCUUGAACAUAUAAAUUAUUUGAUAGUUCUAUUUUUCAGUUUGUUGUGAUAUUAAAGUGUUGAUGGUGGGGGGCCCAACAAGGUGAUCAGGGGGCUUGCCUUUUUUUUU